ACCGAAUUGGCCCGGUUCAACGACUCCAUCAAGACUGACCAUUGCCGUAUCAUCACUAUCCUCGUCGCCUCGUCCACGGCUGCUAAUUCGGUCCCUACGUACGUCAAUCGCGCUAUAUCACUCGUCUCGAUAUCUCGACCAAGCUCAAUUGCCGCUAAUCUCUCCAACUUUUGCAGCCCGAAACCCCGAAACGAGCGACUAUCACAUCCGAUUUCAUCAUGGCUGGUCACGGUCACCACAGCUUCAACGGCCCUCCUAAGCCCCCGGUGGCUCACGUCCCCCGUAUCUACCGAUUCACCGCGACAGCUCUAGGCGCUGGCAUGUGGUUCUUCCUUAUGUACCGGGCAAAGAAGGAUGGUGCCGUUCUCCUCGGCCUCAAGCACCCCUGGGACCACUAAACGAUUACCAUAUAUGAUUACUUCCAUUCCUGCGGCAAUUACAACAGAGAAGGCAUUGGGCGACGAUAUCAGAGGACAAGACGGUUCAAUGCGGUGUAUAUAGGGCAGAAAAGGCUCUUGAAUUGAAGAAAAACGACCAAAUGACAGUUCCAAAGUGAUGCGUAUGAUAUCCCGAGUACCAACAUAUCAUAUGUCCCUAUCACCAAUUGCAAUUCCACGUAUAUGGGAAAAUAGAAACUACAGGUUACUCAAAUUAUACUGCUUUGGGGAACAAUUGCUCCUGUUUUAUG